AUGACGACGCCCAAGCUCUUCACGCCGUUGACCCUCGGUGGCAAGAAGGACCCCAUUCAGCUCCUUCAUCGAAUUGUCAUGGCACCACUCACGCGUCUGAGAACGGAAGAGCAUGGUGUUCAAAAGGACAUCGGUGCUCAGUACUACGCCCAGCGCACGACGCCCGGCGGUCUGAUUAUCGCCGAGGCCACCAACAUUUCGCCCACCGCACGCGGUUCCUGGGGAUCGCCAGGCAUCUUCACGGCCGAACAAAUCGAAGGCUGGCGCAACGUCACGCAGGCCGUGCACGACAAGGGUGGCAAGAUGUUUCUCCAGCUGUGGCAUACGGGCCGCAUCGGCCACCCGCUCAACCAGCCCGGCGGUGUUCUGCCCGUGUCAUCCAGCUCCAAGCUCGAGAACAUCCGUGCAGGGAAGAAGAUCGUCACGCGCGAAGGACGCAUGGAGCCCGUGCCCCCACGCACGCUGGAGCUGAGCGAGAUCCCUGGUAUCGUGGCCGACUACCGUAAGGCCGCAGAGAACGCCAUCGCUGCUGGCUUUGAUGGAGUCGAGCUGCACGCCGCUAACGGCUAUUUGCUGGAGCAAUUUUUGCACGACGGAAUCAAUGACCGCACGGAUGAGUACGGAGGCAGCGUGGAGAACCGCGCACGCUUCCUGUUCGAGGCGAUGGAAGCGAUUCUCGAGAGCCUGGACUCGGCAAAAGUGGGCAUUCGGUUGUCGCCGUUUGGAGGCAGCUUCGGCGACAAAGACUCGGACCCCAUCGCAACGUACACGUACGUGCUUCACAAGUUGAAUGAGUAUGAUCUGGCCUACGCGCACCUCAUCGAGCCGCGCGGCUACCACGUGCGCAACCCUCUGGCGCCCGAAAAGGGCUCGGCGCGGCAGUUCCGGAACACUUACAAGGGCGUGCUGAUCGCUGCGUCGGGUUUCGACCGGCAAUCGGCCGUCCACAUCGUCGAGGAAGGUUCCGCCGACGCCGUGGCCAUCGGUCGCCACUUCAUCUCGAACCCGGACCUGGUGCGUCGGUUCGAGCUUAACAAGCCCGUCAAUGAAUUCGACGUAGACACGUUCUACCUUGGCGACGAGCGUGGUUACUUAGACUACCCAUUCCUCCAGAACUAG